GUAAAGUGUUCCUCGCAUUGCCUGCACACCCGCCUUCUGUAGCUCUGCUCCGUCGUCUGCGUCUCUCUGAUUCUGUCCUUGCUCGCGAGGCGCGCCCCAGCUCGAUCCCACGCCUGGCGAGGAGGAGCAGCGCUAGGGUACAGGGUUUGGGGGCGAGGCCAUGGAGGAGGGGGGAGACGGAUCCCUGGAGGCGCGGCCCGGCGUCCUGCUCGUCGGCGCCCCCGGCGUGGGCAAGCGAACCAUCCUCUCCCGGUUGAUUGGGACGGAAGUGCCGGACACAUCCGAUUUGUCGUCAGGUGUGCUCUGUCAGGGGUGGAAAAUUGACACGAAGUACUACUCUGCUGAUCUUUCCAUUUGGACUGCACAUCUUGAGGAAGGGUUUUCUGUCGGCUCACUACCUCAUCUGGACCAAUUGGCUGCUCUUGUUAUGGUCUUCGAUAUGAAUGAUGAAUCGUCCUUACUUACCCUCCGAAACUGGGUUGGCAAUAUUGAUGUUCAGAGGUUUGAAGUUCUGCUGUGCAUAGGAAAUAAAGCAGAUCUUGUGCCUGGCCAUGGUGCGCAUGUGGAAUACAGGAGGCGCAUGCAAAAGAUUGGCGAGUCAAGUAGUGAUCCACACCCUGAAUAUUUGGAUUUUGGGAUAAAUGAAAAUGAAGGUUGUGGUUUGUUAUCAGAGGAAGAACCACAAAUAGAGAUCAGAGACUCCACUUUGCAGUGGUGCAUUGAGCAGAAUAUUGAGUAUAUUGAAGCUUGUGCUUCCAAUGCUGACUUUGACAAAUGCCUAUCAGUGGAUGGUGAUAGCCAAGGCCUAGAGCGACUCUUUGGAGCCCUUUCUGCACACAUGUGGCCUGGAAUGAUUCUGAAAUCUGGAAAUAAAAUUACUACUCCAUCCUUGGUCGAAAAAGAUGAAUCUACAGAUGAUGAAUUGACUUAUGAAUUUGACUACGAGGUCCUAUCCCAUGCAUCUGAUGAGCAAUGGGAAUUCAUCGGUGAAUCGAGUACAUCAAGAAGCCUGGAAGGAUUGGAUGAAGCUAAAUCUAUGCAGGACAACACACAGCAAGUUGUGAACGGCAAUGCUAGUUCUUCGGCGCCCAACCCUCUUCCAAAUGACAGAUCUACAGAACCUGCUGAAGAAAAUCCUGUAACUCAGAGUCACGCAACUGAAGAUAGUAGUAAUCAUGUGGAUAACACUGGAGCAGAUACUUCUGAGGACCAGCGAACUGACACCCCAGAGGUCAAUGCACUGUUUGAGGAUGAUCAUUAUGGCGUAGAUGAUCUGGAGCGACUAAUGUCAGAGAUUGGCAACAUGCGCUCCAACCUAAGGCUCGUUCCUGACUUCCAAAGGAGGGAGAUGGCUGCCAAGAUAGCCAUGAAAAUGGCAACCAUGUUUGGUGAUAGUGACGACGAGGGCUUCCAUGCUGUCUAAGCCAAAUUUCUUAUCUUCACACAGGAUUACAGGUUAUGGCAAGCCUAUUUGUAUAGGGAGAUCGGCAUCAUGCCACCUAGGCAUUUUUUUUUAUAAAAUCCUGAUGCCAUUUCCCACCAACACAAAUUUUGUACUCAUAGUCCUUCCAGAUAUUUAGUCAUUUACCUUCUGUAGAGUUAUUCAUACUUUCUACCGUUAUAGGGUUUGUGCUGUAUCAUUAAGAAUUUUAUUCCUCUUGAUUCUUGAAUCAACUAGCUGUUGUAUAUGUA